AUGGGGUUCGUGGAAAAUCCGAUUCAUGCGAAGUCGACGAACGUGGUGUCCUCGCCGUCGAGCGGCGGCAGGGCUCAUCCGGAAGGGAAACCAGUGGGAUUGGGGAAGCCCAAGUAUAAGCAGCGUAAGGUUUCAGCGAUUCGACAUUGGCCGCCUAAUUGUGGGCCGAACUUCCGUUCAACAGUAUCACCACCAGGUAACUCGGUCAAGAUUGAGUCCCAUGGUCGUGUAACGGAUUCUAGUGGCAAUGGUGGAUUGGAUACUAAGCGGGAGGGUGAAUUGGAAGUCUCGAAUGGUGUUGCCGUUACCGAUGAUUCUGUAGAAUUGGAGAAGAACGAUUUCAAUGUUAGAGAUGAGGGUUUCGUUGAUCAGAGAGAUGAUAAUACUCUUGAGCAGAAAGAUUGUGCGAAAUCUGCGGUGGUAGAUCGGAAGUAUCCACCGAGGAGGAAGGUUUCAUGUGUUAGACACUUCCCUCCGAAUUGUGGAAGAAGUGCUCAGCUUCCUGGCAUGGUGCAAGGAGACAGAGUGGAUGAGACCGAAGAGGAGAAUCAUAUGCCAUUGCCAGAGAAGGUCAGAAGAGAUGCUGAAAGGGUUAAGGAUGUAUAUAUGGAUGGUGGAGCUCCAAGUGGGAGAAGGUUCGAUAGCAAUAUCACAGAGCGGAGUGGUGUUAGGAUUGAAGCGAAGCCGAAACAGUUUAGUGGGAAUGGGAUGAGAAGGAAUCCGAAUGCGGUUGCUGCCCAGAAGUACAGCUCAGUCUCUGAGAAGAUGAUGUCCAAGGGUAAAGGGGCACCUAGCUCUAGUAACUUGCGUGUUGAUGAAAGUAACCUUAAAGAGGAAGUUGUAUCGAGAGAGAGUAAGAAAUCAGCUUCUUUGGCAAAGGAAGAUGACUGGGAAGAACUUUAUGAUGCUGAUAAUGGCUAUGAUUAUGAAUUUGCUAGGAGGGAAACCAGUGAGAGUGUGAGCUUAACUUCUCCUGGACCUGGAACUUCAGCAGGGUUGGAUAGAGAUAGAAAGAAAGUGAAGGAAGUAUUAGAUACUUUCCACUUCCUCUGCAGGAAGUUGUUACAUGCCGAGGGAUCAAAGCUCAAAGGUGGUACUGGUAAUGCCAAAAGAGUUGAUUUUCUCGCCUCAAAAGAGCUUAAAUCCAGAGGAAUGUGUCUCAAUGUCGGGAAGCAUAUCAUUGGAGCUGUCCCAGGAGUUGUGAUUGGCGACAAGUUUCAGUACAGGCUGGAGCUCAACAUCAUCGGCCUUCAUCGCCCGACUCAAGGCGGGAUCGAUUAUACGAAACAUCGUCAGGGCAUCGUAGCAACAAGCAUCGUGGCGUCGGGUGGAUAUGAUGAUAACGUGGACAACUCCGAUGUGCUUGAGUAUACAGGUCAAGGAGGGAACUCAACUAAAGAGAAGGAAGCUGAAGAUCAGAAGCUUGAGAGAGGUAAUCUUGCUUUGAAGACUAGCAUCGCAGUGAAGAAUCCCGUGAGGGUGAUCCGUGGGACUAGCAGUACGAACGUUGAUGCUAGAGGUAGGAUUUAUGUCUAUGAUGGUUUGUAUACUGUGGAGGAGUAUUGGCAGGAGACAGGACCUAACGGUAAACUUGUGUUCAAGUUCCGGCUGGUUCGAAUGCCAGGCCAGCAAGAGCUUGCUUGGAAAAAGGGAAAGAACUCUAGUGUGAGAGGCUUCAUCCAUGGUUGA